AUGGUAGCUGGGGGCGGUCUCGUGCUGACGCCGGCGCAGCGCACGCUGGUGGAGAAGAGCCGCGCCGUCAAGCAGCAGCGUGCCGCGGCGCUGGAGGCCCAGCAAGAGCUGGAGGCUAGAAACCGCGUGUACGUGCAGGAGAUCAAGGCGCACUGUCAAGCACCGCAGAAUGCAACCUCUCGUCGCCUCAUCUUGCGUCAUGUGGGUGAAGAACUCGCGCGUCAACAGGGUGGGGAGGACGACGACUAUGAUGAAGAGCGCUUCGGUCCCGUGCGGCGGCCUCCGCGCAAGCAGCCGCCAAACCUGUGGGUCCCCAUCUUCGAGCAGGAGGUGGCGGAGGUGCAACAGGCCAAGGAGGAAGCCGAGCGCAAACGUCUCGCUGCUGCAGCCGUGUACCGCGAGCAGCUGGCGCGGCAGGAAGCCGACAAGCAGCGCAGACGCCUCGACGAGAAGGCGACCGCAGACAUGUACGCGCGCGUCCAGGCGGCGCAACAGGCCGUGUGGCGUGAGCAGGAGAAAGCCAAGCAGAAGCAGCGCCAAGACCAAGUCGAAUUGGAGGCUCAGCGCUGGCAGCACGACCUUCGAGCUCAAGCAGAGGCCGUACGUGUGGCUCAAGAGACCAAGGAGCGCAACGAGCGUCGAGCGCUCGAGAGGUUUCGCCUGUUGGGUGAGGAAGAGAAGCGUCGUAAGUCGGAGCGCAAGGCUGCCGAUAUGGAAGAAGUCGUUCGGGUAAAACAGGCAAACGCGAAGCAGCUGGAGCUUAAGCGCGAGGCUGUGCUUCGUGAACAGCAAGAAGACCUGGAGCUACAAAAGGCGUACGAGAAGAAGCUAGAGAUGCAAGAAGCUGCACGACGCGCCGAGCUCGACGCCAUCCUCACAAAGCAGAACCAGAAGGUCAAGCUAGCGCUACUCAAUGUGAAGAGUGCAGAGGAGAAGGCGCGUGAAGAUGAGCACCGUGCACUUGCUGUGCAGGCAGCUGUGCGCGCUCGGGAAGCUGAGCUGCUGGAGCAAAAGGAGCGCAAGAAGCGAGAGGCUGCACGGGUGCAGAUGCAAGCCUUGACGUUGCAAAGAGAAGAUAAGAGGUCUCGCAGACUGUCGCUGGAGCAGGAGGAGGCUGUCUACGCCACCAAGUUCAAGGCGGACUUCCAAACGUGGCAAAAGGAGCAGGACGCGGUGAAGGGAAGGGUGAAUCAACGCAACCGCGAGCACCAGCAGCUGGUGAAACGGCAGAUGGCCGAAGACGCUCGGCGCAGGGCUGAAGAAGAUAAGUACGGCAUGACACUACUGGAGGCGGAGCUCAAUACGAAGCUGCUGCAGAAGGCCGGAAUCGAUUCACCUCCGAAGGACAUCCAUCGUAGGUAG